GAUGGCGGCCCCCACGUUGCGGUGCUUUUCCCGGGGUCGGUGGUUUAGGACCCCAGGCCCACCUGGAGUCUUGCUCCUGGGAUUACGUGAGUCCCAUUCGGGCGCUCAAGGGUUAUUGGCGGUGCAGAAGGCUCGGGGUCUGUUCAAGGAGUUCUUCCCCGAGAGGGGUUCGAAGAUAGAGCUCCCAGAGCUCUUCGACCGCGGCACCGCCAACUUUCCCCAGACCAUCUACUGCGGUUUCGACCCCACGGCCGACUCGCUUCAUGUGGGGCAUCUGCUAGCGCUGCUGGGCCUCUUUCACUUUCAGCGAGCGGGCCACAAUGUGAUCGCACUGGUGGGAGGUGCUACCGCGCGCCUGGGAGACCCCAGCGGCCGUACCAAGGAGCGCGAGGCGCUGGAACCAGAGCGCGUGCGAAGCAAUGCGCGCGCCCUACGCCAAGGGCUCGAGGCCAUGGUGGCUAAUCAUGAGCAGCUCUUCGCUAAUGGGCGGACCUGGGGAAGCUUCACGGUACUGGACAAUUCGGCCUGGUACCAGAAGCAGCACCUGGUGGACUUCCUAGCGGCCGUGGGCGGGCAGUUCCGCAUGGGCACGCUCCUCAGCCGUCAGAGCGUCCAAACCCGGCUCAAGAGUCCCGAGGGCAUGAGCUUGGCCGAGUUUUUAUAUCAGGUGCUCCAGGCCUAUGACUUCUACUAUCUGUUCCAGCAUUAUGGAUGCCGGGUCCAGCUGGGUGGAUCUGAUCAGCUGGGCAACAUCUUGUCCGGAUACGAGUUUAUCCACAAGUUGACUGGAGAAGAUGUAUUUGGAAUCACUGUUCCUCUAAUUACAAGUACAACAGGAGCAAAACUGGGAAAGUCUGCUGGUAAUGCUGUUUGGCUAAACAGAGAUAAGACCUCUCCAUUUGAAUUGUAUCAGUUCUUUGUCAGGCAGCAGGAUGCUUUGGUAGAAAGGUACCUGAAGCUCUUCACUUUUCUGCCCCUUCCAGAGAUUGACCACAUCAUGCAGCUGCAUGACAAAGAGCCAGAAAAGCGGGGUCCUCAGAAACGACUUGCUGCAGAAGUUACGAAGCUUGUUCAUGGACAAGAAGGACUGAAUUCUGCUAAAAGGUGUACGCAAGCCCUUUAUCAUAGCAGUACGGAUGCACUGGAGGUCAUGUCUGAUCAAGAGUUGAAAGAGUUGUUUAAGGAAGCUUCAUUUUCUGAAUUAGUUCUUGACCCAGGAACAAGUGUCCUAGAUACAUGCCGCAAAGCAAAUGCCAUUCCAGAUGGUCCCCGAGGGUAUCAGAUGAUAACAGAAGGUGGAGUCAGUAUAAAUCACAGACAAGUAACAAAUCCUGAGAGUGUUUUGGUUGUUGGACAACACAUUCUUAAAAAUGGACUUUCAUUACUUAAAAUAGGAAAAAGGAAUUUCUACAUUAUAAAGUGGCUGCAGCUAUGAUGAAAAAUCCUCCAGGUGGUUCAGACUUACCCAUCUCCUUCUCAAGAUGUACCAAAGGUUGGCUCCAGAACUUAUACUUUUGCUCAUGCACGUCAAACCACAGAGAAUGGAGUACACUCUAGGCCUCAGAGCGCAACCGUUUACGAAGAAGACAAGUCACUACUUCAACUAUGGCAUCAUGAAGUUUAGGAAACCUCAACAACUCCUACAAAUGAUGGAAGAAAGAAAAAUAGAACAGUCUGCCUUGUUUAAAGGAAAAUUAAAUCAUCACCGAAACAGCGAAUUAGACUUUAAGCUACAUUUAAGCAUACUACUUCAAAUCACUUUCCGAUCGGGAAAAUGCAGAUUUUAAGUUACCUUUAGCCCAUCUUCCAUGUUUCCUCCCACCCCAUGAAACCAGCACUUCCUGCCUUGUACUACUUCACCUGACAUGUGUGACAUU